UAUAUUUUUCGAGCCGUUGACGUAUUAUAGCAGUCCAGACGCGGUCACACCUGUGCAUAGAAUCUCUUACGUUUUUGUUUUUUGGCCAUAUUUAUUAUUGCUAAAAUUGGAGCAAUGCCAGCUGCUGUGCGCAAGUUCCGCCGCGAGACCAGCGAAAUCAGCUGCUGCCUUAAGUACCUUCUGUUCGCCAGCAAUGUGAUCCUGUGGCUCUCGGCGCUGCUGGUCCUUUCGGUGGGCAUCUGGGCCUGGAGCGAAAAGGACAUGUUCCGCAACAUCACUCGGCUGCACUUCAUCGCCCUGGACCCGGCCUUCGUGCUGAUCAUUCUGGGCUGCAUCGCCUUCCAGCUGGGCUUCAUGGGCAGCGUGGGUGCCCUGCGGGAGAACACUUGUCUCCUGGCAGCGUACGCCAUCUUCUUGAGUGUCCUGCUCAUCGCCGAGAUCGGCUUUUGCGCUGUGGCCUUCGUGCUCAAGGACAAGGGCUGGAUCAAGGACCAGGCCACCGAGGGGCUGAAGGCCUUUAUACGGCACUAUCGCGAGGACGCGGACCAGCAGAACCUGAUCGACUGGAUCCAGGAGGACUGGCUUCAGUGCUGCGGCAUCGACGGGCCGAAGGACUGGGACAGCAACAACUACUUCAACUGCUCGUCCAUCGCCAUCGGCAGCCGGGAGGCCUGCGGGGUGCCCUUCUCCUGCUGCCGCAGGCGUCCCCAGGAGCUGAUCAAGAACAAGCAAUGUGGCUACGACGUGCGCAAGGAGGGAUAUGUAAGUCUACAUAACACCCAUAACCAAGUUACCCUCUUUUCCCAAAAUGCAUUUCUAACACACUCACGAAUUGUACGCAAGCAGCCAGUGGAUAGGAACAUUCAUGAGCGCGGCUGUCUGCGCGCUGGCGAGGAUUGGCUGGAGGCACAUCUCAUUAGUGUGGCGAUGUGCUGCGUGGCCCUGUUGGUUCUGCAGAUCCUAGGCAUUUGUUUUGCCCAGAACCUGCGCGCUGAUAUCUACACGCAAAAGUCAAAGUGGCACUGACAAAUGGCUCUUGCUGCCCCCACACCUCUUUAGAAAGGAAUCGAAGGUGGCAGAGGAUUGGUGGAACUACAAGGUAAGGAACUCUGGGCACCACCCUCUUGGAACAAAAACUGCAACUACUCAUCUGCGCUCCGGUUAGUUAACUAUACUAUAAAUUACCUUUGUACCCAAGGGACAAAGCUAUCUUGUCUAACUUAAUCAAACGCAUUCCGUCUUAGUGGACAUUGACUAAUAUUAACUAGGUUGCCAAAUUUGUUGCUGUUUUUACGUCGGCUUCCCUUUACCCAAAAAGAAAUGAGAAAGUAAAAGUAAAACAUUUUAAAUAGAUUUUCUAAACUUUUUACAAUGAAAGUGGAAGGAGGCAUAGCAAAAAAGAAAACAUUUAUCUUGAAAUGCAGCUGUGAUAUAUUUUUAAACAAAUGUAUAGAAAAACCGAAAUUAUACGCAACAGUUUCCAACAAAUCAAACGAAUAUAACACGAAACUCAUUCCUAAGCUGAACGAACACAACCUAGCACAACAGAUAUUUGUCUCAAAAAUAAUAUGUUAAUAGUUAUUUUUGUAAGCAAAUAGAACCCCUUUUUUGCGUGGGUACCAAAAGCACAGAGAAAAAAAUAAGAAAAACAAUACAAUUUGCUAAUUAAUAAACAUGAGCUUAAACCUAAUUAAUGCACACAAAUGGUAAGCUAUACAGCUUCUAAAUAUAUUUUUGCAACACGCAAUUAUGAAAGAAUAAAGAGUAAGGCAAUUUAUGGUACAUUUAUUAAAAAGCUCACACAUAUGCUUGAAUUUGCUCUUGUACCUUUUUAAAUUUAUAUUGCAAACACAAAGUAACAUUCCAAAACUGUAUUAUUUAUUUAACGUGGUUUGCAAAUUUUGGCAUGAUAAUUUGGCGUUCCAUAAUGUCAGGAAUCUUUGAACAAAUUUAUAUACGAUUUUUCUAUAUAAUUAUGUACACCACUGCCCUAAAAUGGAGUACUAAAUGUUUUUCGUACUCUAAGAGCUGAAAUAUGUAUUGUAAAAGAAAAUGUAUUAAACUCAGAUACUUUUAAGGCCCACUAAUUUCAAACUAUAUUAAAAUACAUUUAAGUUUACCGAGAUUGAUGUCACAACUCUUUAAAAGGUUUAUUCCUCCAGUUCAUAUAUGUACAUAUGUAAAACAGGUCAUUAUAUAAACGCCGUUCAACAUAAAAUGGGUACUUGAAAUUAUAACCGACCGUUGGUACAUAACAAUGAAAUUAUUACAAUGCUCAAAACUCCCAGAAAACACAUUGCGAGAGCUCUGAAUCUCCAUUUGCCAAUGAUAUUACUGAUACAAAUUUAAAAACAAUAUGAGCUAAUCAAACACGAAUAACAAAUAAAAAUGCAAAUAAUUAUUAUUGUAAUAAAAUUGUAUUAUAAUGGUAACGGAAAAAGUCAAUUGAAAGCGAGCUGAAAAAGGAACGGAUCAGUCAAGCAAAGAUUAACAAAAAUAAUUUAAGCACCGAUAAACAUAGAUAAAUGAUAGGAGUUAGAAAAUGUAUUAUAUAAGGCUUAAGGGUUGUCGAUACAAAGAUCAAUCAAAACUGCUUCAAAUAAAAACAUGUCCAAAAAUAA